AUGUUUCUAGUCUCUCCCUCUAAACUUUCAAUUCAAAAUGUGGUUAAAGUGGCAUUUGUAUUUUCAUCUUUCCUACUUUCCCUUUGUAUUUUGAUGAUUUUCACUACAACUCGACAAAUCGAAGAGUUUCGAGAAAAAACACUCGAUGAUUUGAAAGAAUGGAAAUAUUUCUCCGAAGAAGCUUGGAAGGAGAUAACAUCAAUGACGAUUGUAAGAUCGAGAAGAGCGGCUAAAACUGCGAAUAAAAGACAUACAAAUAGUUAUGCAACUUCCUAUAACAAGUUUGUUUUAACUGGUUUUUUGAAUAUUCUUCAAUUGUUUUCAGUGAAUAUCCAACAGCCCCACAACAACAAAACUCGUAUGCUCAAGUGAAUAGCUAUGCUGCUAGUCAAAAUGUAGAUCAGUGCAGUACGUUCCGUUUUUUUCAAGAUCACAAGUGAUUAAUAGUUUUUAGAUUGCGCUGCUCGCUCUAACAAUUGCCCCCUGGACCUCCAGGUCCUCAAGGAAAUCCAGGAUAUGAUGGAGAACCUGGACAACGUGGAUUGGACGGACGUCCUGGAGCUAAUGGUGUAGCUUUGAUUGCUUAUGAUCAAGAAGUUCCUGGAUGCAUUGUUUGUCCACAAGGUCCUCCAGGUUUUCCAGGACCAGUUGGCCCACCAGGUUGUCAAGGUAACAAGGGGCUACCUGGUCCACCAGGUUAUAACCCACCGCCAGGACUACCAGGACCAGCAGGACCUUGCGGAGAUAAAGGAGCGCCAGGUGGCGAUGGAACUCCAGGGCUUCCAGGAGAACCUGGAGAGGAUACGAUUCGACCAAUAUCACAACCUGGAAGAAAAGGACCGCCUGGAGGAGUUGGGCCAUGCGGACCUCCCGGACCACCAGGAUACACACCACCACCUGGACCACCAGGGCCACCAGGAUUUGCCGGGGAGCCAGGACAGAAUGGUGUUCAAGGAGAACCUGGGUUGCGAGGUUUUCCAGGAGCAAAAGGAGCACCAGGACAAGAUGCAGAAUAUUGCCCAUGUCCUCCAAAAAAUAGUGCAGUCAACAAACCAAGCAACUACGCACAACCUCCUCCACGUGAGUUCAGUUUUUGAGAAAGCUUCAUAGUUAUCCUAACUCUUUUUCCAGAAAACUAUGAUGUAUCUCAGAAUGCUUAUAUUGCUGGUGGUGCUCCAAUUGACUAUGGAAAACAAGAUGACGAUUAUCGCAAACGUUUAUUGGCGCGAGUUUUGAAAAAACAGAGAAAACUAGUUCUUGCGACACGCGCACGUAAUGUUCGCAGAAAACCGGUCAACCCAAAUACAACUGUAAAAGCGAAUGAAUAA